AUGGACCGCGCGUUGAAGGGUUUGGACAAGCUGACGAGUGCAGCCGAGGCGCACACCCGCCGGUGGUCGCAGCAGCUUCUGCCGGACCUGCUCGCCCUGCUCUCAUCCGCUUCUGCCAUUCUAGAUAGACUCCCUGUGCUUCUCAAUCCAACCAACUAUGGAGUGUUGCAGAUGGCUCCCCCCAUGCAACCCCCGUCCUUCACCCCUCCUCCACUUCUGCACGUCCCCGCGCCCAUACCGCCCCUCUCCGCUGCCUCUGAUGCUUCUUCCGCGCCUUCUCCCGUUGCUGCACCUCUUGCAACCACCGCCACCACUGUAGUCACCUCCAUCAGCAGCAGCGGCACUGCCAUCAGCAGCAGCAUCACCAGGAGCAGUACUAGUAGCAGGAAGGAAGAGGAGCAUGCGAGGGCGGUGGCAGCAGCAGUGACAGCGAGGCAAGUGGAGUCUUUGGAGCGGAUUCUGCGCUCUGCUGCUGAUACUCUCAAGGAAAUGGCCAAGGUGGCAGCAGCACUGCAGAAGCUGACAAGGGACGCCGACCGGGCUGUAGCGGCGCUACAGCCAAGGCCCACAGAGGACGAGAGGAGCCGUCGACGAGGGCUGCAUGCCAGCCUGGCAGAGACAUGUGGCGGGCUGCGAUUGGUCGCAGACUCGUACUGCAAUGAGCUUCGUUUGAAGCAACAGCUCGUUGCUGCCAUCACAUACAAUACAAGGUAA